CAGAAAGAGCAGGCUGGACCACAGACAGGCAGAGCACACACUGAGCGGCGCCAUGCACUACCCUCGGACCGACAGCUAGCCAGCUGAAGACCACGACCCAGCCCGAAAUGAUCGGUCUAGGGCGCACGUUGUUGUAUUAUUUCACUAAUACAAGAUGUGAAGAGAAAGUAAGUGUGAUAAAAUGGCGAGGUUUUGAAUCUUACUUUUCCGUCUCGCUCGGUGUAGCGUGGCAGAGGCAGUGGAUCGUUUCCAAAGUUGUCGGUUAGCAGGGCGCGUGUGAAGGAUCGGAAUUAAAGGCGCAGUGCACCCGUUGUAACUGCAAACAUGGAGAAGCAGCAGAGCGAUUUGGACCGAGACCAACAGUACUGUGAACUUUGUGGGAACAUGGAGAACCUCCUCAAGUGUGGUAGGUGCCGGAGCUCCUUUUACUGUAGCAAGGAGCACCAGAAACAGCACUGGAAGAAACACAAGCUAAUGUGUAAGGAGACGGACAAGGCGCAGCUCCCCAAACAGAAGCCCGAGCUGCCUGCGCCGUCGGGGGACGAUGAGGCACCGGAGAAAUACCGGGAAGAAAUAAGCCCCGAGCAGGCGGACAGUGCAUCGUUACCACAAACCCCAGAAACACCUGGGGACAGCGACGGACUGGUAGAGGACGGGUCCAACAAUACCGCCACACCUAACGGACAAACUAGCUCAUCCCCUCAGAAACUUGCCGUGGAGUACAUAGUCCCGUGUAUGAACAAGCACGGUAUCUGUGUGGUGGACAACUUUUUAGGAGCAGAGACUGGGCUUGGCAUUUUGGAUAAUGUUAAAGCUCUGCACAAAACGGGCAAGUUCACAGACGGACAGUUGGUCAGUCAAAAAAGCGACUCCACUAAAGACAUCCGAGGGGACAAAAUCACGUGGAUAGAGGGGAGGGAGGCCGGCUGCGAGAAGAUCCGCUUUCUAAUGAGUCGCAUGGACGACCUGGUUAGACAUUGUAACGGCAAACUGGGAAACUACACAAUAAAUGGAAGGACAAAAGCAAUGGUGGCAUGUUACCCUGGAAACGGCACAGGGUACGUGCGCCAUGUGGAUAACCCCAACGGCGAUGGACGGUGUGUCACAUGCAUAUAUUACCUUAAUAAAGAUUGGACUGCCAAGGAACACGGUGGCCUUCUCCGAAUCUUCCCUGAAGGAAAGGCCCAGUUUGCAGACAUAGAGCCCAAAUUUGACCGCCUGCUGCUGUUUUGGUCUGACAGACGGAACCCUCACGAGGUUCAGCCCGCCUUCGCUACCAGGUAUGCCAUCACGGUGUGGUAUUUUGACGCUGAUGAGAGAGCCAGAGCUAAAGAAAAGUACUUAACGGGUGCAGGAGAAAAAGGAGUAAAGGUUGAACUCGGCAAAGCAUCAGAUCCCAGCUAGUGGGAAGCCUGCGUCUCCUACAAACGGCCGUUAAAUGCUCUGUCCGGAGAAAGUGGCCUGUAGAGAGCAUGUGUGUGUGUGUUUUACAUGGCAACAACAGCAGACUUUUUGCGCGAGUGUGUGGAAGAUCCAUUCUAAUGGAGACAAAACAAACAAAAACAGUGAUUUCUGUUUGUUUUCAGCAAACCGGGGCAGCCCAGAGGACCUUGAAUGUCAUGACAUUGUACUGAAAGGGAUCGUGUGUUUUUUGUUUCCCUUUCACCUCUUCGUUGGAGAGCGUUCACGUUACAGCUGAAAUUUUCAUAAAAUCAACAGCAGUUAAGCUCCCAGAGAAUCUACAUCUUUUGCAUAUUGGUUUUUGCAGUUAAUUCCUUAAAGGUACAGUGUUCUGCAUAUGCUUAAUGUUAUGCUUUUCACAUGGAAUCAGCUGUUAUGAGCUACUGUAAUGCAAAAAUGUACUUGAGGUUGCAAUAAUAUGAGGAAUGAUCUGAAUUAAAAACAUCCUUUUUCUGACAGAA